AUGGACUCGCUCGUCAGUCCCUCUGUUGAACCGCGCACAGUGGCCGUCGUGGCCACGACUGUUUUCACCACCCUCUCCCUGCUCGCCCUCGCCCGCCGAGGCCUGUAUCCGAAAUGGGGCUCCGCGAUCCCGAAUCCCCUCAAGACCAAGAUGCCUCAGCUCACGACUGACGAGGUUAAGAAGCUUGUUUAUCGUCCUGAUCACUUCCCUGGAGCUAGGGAUGUCGAUACGCCGUACGGCACAAUCCGCGUCUACGAAUGGGGCCCUGAAACAGGCCCCAAGGUCCUCCUCAUCCACGGCAUCAGCACGUCCUGCAUGACCCUCGGCCGCAUCGCCCACUCCCUCGUCUCCCGCGGCUGCCGCGUCAUGCUCUACGACCUCUUCGGCCGCGGCUUCUCCGACGGCGUCGGCGACCUCCCCCACGACGCCCGCCUCUACACCACCCAGGUCCUCCUCGCCCUCGCCUCCUCCCCGCUGCCCUGGUCCGGCGCCGCCUCCGUCCGCGUCGUCGCCGCCUCCUUCGCCGCCGCCUUCCCCCACAUGGUCGCGAGCCUCGUGCUCCUCGCCCCCGCGGGCCUCAUCCGCGCCGAGAACUUCGGCAUCGUCGCGCAGAUCACGUUCCAGUCGGGCCUCAUCCCGGAGCGCAUCCUCGCCGCGGUCACGACGAAGAGGCUGCAGCGGCCCCUGGCCCCCAAGCGCCCCGGCGUGGUGAUCGCGGACGACAAGGACCCGGCGGAGAAGGUCGCGGUCGCGGAGGUAACGUCGCCUGAUGGGGAGGAGGACGCGCUGGUGGACAGGCGGGUGCGCGAGUACGUGCCGUGGAUGGUCACGCACCACGCCGGGUUCGUGCCGGCGUUCAUGAGCUGCGUGCGUCACGCCCCGCUGACGGACCAGCACGAGACGUGGCGCGCGCUGGGGAGGAGGGAGAAGGGGACCACGGCGGUGCUGAUCGGACGGACUGACGAGGUCGUUGACGUGGAGCAUUACGCGAAGGACGGGUUGCCGUUGUUGGGCGGCGAGGAGAGGGUGUUGUGGAGGAUCCUGCCUGGCGGUCAUGAUUUCGUGAUGACAAAGACGGAGCAUAUCAUGCACGAGAUUGAUGCGUUUUGGGGCUUGAAGGUGCAGGCAUAG